CAUUUGCAAAUCUGUGUUUUUCUUCUCAGCAUGACUGAUGGAGCCCAGCAAGCCCUGAGGAGAACCAUGGAAAUCUACUCCAAAACCACUCGCUUUGCCCUUGCUUGUAAUGCUUCGGAUAAGAUCAUUGAGCCCAUUCAGUCCCGCUGCGCUGUCCUCCGCUACACGAAGCUGACAGAUGCCCAGAUCCUCACCAGGCUGAUGAGCGUUAUUGAGAAGGAGAGGGUGCCCCACACUGAUGACGGCCUGGAAGCCAUCAUCUUCACGGCGCAGGGAGACAUGAGGCAGGCGCUGAACAACCUGCAGUCCACCUUCUCAGGAUUUGGCUUCAUUAACAGUGAGAAUGUGUUCAAGGUGUGUGACGAGCCCCACCCACUGCUGGUGAAGGAGAUGAUCCAGCACUGUGUGAAUGCCAACAUCGAUGACGCUUACAAGAUUCUCGCUCACCUGUGGCAUCUGGGCUACUCACCAGAAGAUAUCAUUGGCAACAUCUUUCGAGUGUGUAAAACUUUCCAAAUGGCAGAAUACCUGAAACUGGAGUUUAUCAAGGAAAUUGGAUACACUCAUAUGAAAAUAGCAGAAGGAGUGAACUCCCUUUUGCAGAUGGCAGGCCUCCUGGCCAGGCUGUGUCAGAAGACAAUGGCCCCGGUGGCCAGUUAGAGCAGAGACUUCGCUGACUGACUUACAGGUGCCCUAUCCUGAGAUGCAAGAGCUCUGGUCUUCCGACGGGGAAAAAUGCCGCCUCAGGCUGGAGCCAGCGUGACUGCCCACUCCCAUGGCUGGCUGGGCGCAGUGGCUCACGCCUGUAAUCCCAGCAUUUUGGGAGGCCGAGGUGGGUGGAUAACCUGAGGUCAGGAGUUUGAGACCAGCCUGACCAACAUGGAGAAACCCUGUCUCUACUGAAAUAUAAAUAUUAGCUGGCUGUGGUGUCAAGCGCCUGUAAUCCCAGCUUCUCAGGAGGCUGAGGCAGGAGAAUCCCUUUUGCCCAGGUGGUGGAGGUUGCAGUGAGCCAAGAUCGCACCCUUGUACUCCAGCCUGGCAACAGGGACUGCAUGUCAAAAAAAAAAUACUAAACUCCUGUGGUUUUCAUGUUUGCUUGUGGGCCAUCUGAGUGUUUGCAUUCAGCCUGUGCCGCAGCGACGCGGUGAUGGGUCGGAAAGACGCAGAGAAGCUGAGGGCGGUACCUGGUCGGUGUGCGAGUUGACAUUUGAGCUGAUUGAGCCUUGCCUUGUUUGUCGGCCAUAAAGUGACCACGUGAAGCCUCGAGGAAAAGCAGCUUCCUGUCCCUGCCAGCCUUGGCAGCCUGCAGGUAGGAAGGGCGAUUAGAUCGGAGACACAGCUCAUCUCAGUUCUUUUAUAUUUUUCUUUUAUUUAUUUUUGUCACACACACAGCCUGGGUAUAAACUCAGUUCAUUUCAGUUCUUCCAGAAGCCUGAAGGGACCACUUUCCUGGGGCGAGGGCAGGGUUUGCGUCAUUUCCUAUUUAGACCAACUUCUCAGAAUGGCCAGGCGGUGAGCCUUUCAGAAGGAGCCGCAGAGUGAAGAGGUACAGCACAGCCCUCGGGAAAACACCGUGAUGCCCUUCCUGUGUUCUAGAGUGUGCUUUUUGCGCUUGCUGUAGAAUUCCCCGGAGAAUU